AUGUUCAGAGAACUCAAGAGGAGGGUUUCCGAUAUGCCCGAGGAGCUCAAGAGUAGGGUCUCCGGGGUGCCAGACAGAAGGUCGGCUCUGGUCCCUGCGGCUUUGAUUAUGACGUUGAGCUCUCUGGGCGCGAUUUUGCAUUCCAGCGCUCAUGUGUACCUGAUUGAGCAAGCUAUAUGCAGGGACUACUAUGCGUCACUGGAGAAUAUCGGGAUGGGGGGUGGAAGCCUCAUCGACGAGACGAUUUGCAAGAUUCCGAAUAUCCAGUCGAAGGUUGCUUCGACAUGUCAAGCAGCUAAGCAACAUGCAGCAUUGUUCCUGGCGGGUCCGUAUGGUAAGAUUGGGAGGGUGAUAGGGAAGAAGCCGGUUUUGAUCUUGAACAUGGGAAGCCUGGGAUUUUCGGGGAUCUUCUUCGCUGCUGUUUUGUCGACCAAGAUGAAUUGUAGGAAGGUUUCCGCUUGUGGGAUUCUGUCACUGACUGAUGUCAGGAGCCACGUCUUUUACAAGCUGAGCGCUUCACAGAUGCUUAUAUCGUUCGUGGGCCUAUGGCUGAGCUCUUUCCUUCUGCGGCAGAAUGUCUGGCUGCAAAUCUUUGUCGGCUUCGUCACCCUCAUUAUCGCCAUUCCGGUCUGCUUCAUGUUCCCAAAUUCGGGGAAAGCGUCGACCCAGCCGGAGACAAAAUCGAACUUCUCGAGCAGUGAGUUCCAGCAAUCCACGGAAACUUCGUCCCUUAUCAGCCCUGCCGGUACCCCACUAGUCCCCCUAGCCAUCGAACCCGAAGGGGGGACAGUCUGGAUCGUGCUGAGCGGCCUGACAGCAAGCACAACACAUUCUCUAGAACUUUUCCGAGAAAUGCUGUACUCCUCGCCUCUCUCUCGGACAACGCUCUUGGCAUUCUUUUCGUUCAGAGCAGGCACUAGCAUUGACGUGAUUCUCAAGCAAUGGCCAUGUAUCACGCAUGGCUGGGUCAUUGCUCAGGUGAACGCCAUCAACGCCUAUGAGAUGUCGGUGGCUUCCGUCAUUCUCCUGACGCUGCCCGCCAUCUCCCGUCGAUUGCUCCAACCCCGCUUCGGAGGCUCAGUCUUGGAUGUCGAUCUCUAUGUUACGAAGAUAUGCACUUUGGGGCAUGUUUUCGGUGUUAUCUGGAUGGGGUUUGCACCAGGCAGGGUUGGAUACAUUCUCGCUAUCACUCUAUGGAAUCUGUCGUAUGGCAUGACGGAUGCGUUAAGAAGCUAUGUGACGGGGGUAAUCAGAAACAAGGAGGAGGUUGAGCAGUUGUAUUUGGGGAUUGGAAUGGCCGAGAUGAUGGCCGGCAUAAUAGCUUCGGCAGCUUGGGCUGGUGUCUUUGCGAAAGUUGUCGGGAGCGGUUAUUUGUUGACCAGGUUGCCGUUUAUAGGGAGUGCGAUUGUAUUUGUCGGCUGUUUUACCUGUGUGUGGGCAUUGGGUCGGUUCGACGACAGACGGAAGGGAAACGAGCAGGUCUAG